UUAAUGGGGUACCGCGUGUCGCGAUCACGUGAUCUUGUCAGUGCAUACAUGAAUUAUAUACAUAUUAUUACUAUUUAUUAUAUGCAGAACAAAAUGUGAAUGUUAUUGACAUUAAAAAUGGUGCUACGUAUCGUGGUGCUUAUCCUUUCGGCGGCGUUGGUCCGAGGUUGGGGCAUCAACCACGCGCACCCUGGAACCGGCGCCAAAUGCGAGCGAUUGAACGUAUCUUUCUGCCGAGGAUUGCGUUACAAUAUGACGGCGAUGCCGAAUUUCAUGGGCAACGAAGAUCAACGGCAGGCAGAACGAGGGCUGGCGACCUUCAUGCCACUGGUCCACUACAACUGUUCAAAACAUCUUAGGCUCUUCUUAUGCGCCGUCUUCGCCCCAGUCUGCUCGGAACAUGUGGCCAUACCGGCUUGCAAGUCUCUCUGCCUUUCCGUACGAAGGGACUGCGAACCGGCCUUAACCAGUCUCGCGUUGCCGUGGCCGCACUUGUUGGAUUGCAAUCGUUUCCUUGAUCGUGGAAAUACAUUGUGCGUGCAGCCGCCGGAUGAAACGUUGGACAACACUAGUUCACCGACACUACCAACCGUUCAGCAACAAUGGCCGGUGAUGUACGAACGACCACCGCAAAUAUCUAUAAGACUGCAACAGCAGCAACAGCAUUAUCAGUGUCCACCUCAUUUUGUGCAGAUAUCCGAAAUGGAAAUGAUUUCUUGCGCACCGCGUUGUGGUACCGACGCAUAUUAUCGCGCAGAAGACAAAAAAUUCGCCGAGCGUUGGAUGACUGGCUGGGCAUGGCUGUGCUUCCUGUCAACGCUCUUCACUCUGUUGACCUUCUGGGUUGAGCCGUCCAGAUUUCGUUAUCCUGAGAGACCGAUAGUCUUUCUGGCACUCUGCUAUAAUCUUCUCUCUAUGACUUACAUUGUCCGUGCUGUAGUUGGAGCUGACAAUCUCAGCUGCGUCAGUCAGAUUGAUGGACCGAGUUACAUUCCAGUUCGCGAUGCUCUGAAGAGCAUUCCUUGUACAAUUUGGUGGCUGGUCAGAUAUUAUCUAGGAUUAGCCAGCAAUAUGUGGUGGGCAGUGCUGUGUGGCUGCUGGUUGUUAAGCGCCAGGAAUGAGUGGAGCAGCGAAGCUCUUUAUGACAUCGCGCCCUAUCUUCAUGCAGCCGCGUGGAUUCUUCCAAUAUUUUUCACAGGAGGAAGUCUAUUGUCGCGUAACGUAGUGGCAGACGAAUUAACUGGAUUGUGCCAGAUCUCAGACGAGUCGGCACUAUGGUUAGAAGUGUUGCCGCACGCCAUGCUGCUAUUAUUGGGCUGCGUGUUUGGUAGUGUUGCUGGAAGCGCGCUGGUGCGCGUGCGGAGGGCCGUGCGCUGCGCUGGACGCAGCGCAAUGAAACUGGAACGCCUGAUGACGCGGCUAGGUAUCUUCGCGCUGUUGUACGCGCUGCCGGCACUGGGUGGCCUUGUCUGUGUGCUGCAGGAGGCCUCGGUGAGGCCGCGGUGGCGAAAAUUGGCAUUGUUGGCCGCGUUGGACUGCCGCGCGGCGCAGAAUUGCGCCCCAGGUCCGGUAUACCGAGCCGCCGGUCUCGAAGUUGCCCUUCUCAGACUCUUCCUAUCCCUCGUGGUCGGCGUCACCUCUGGCAUGUGGGUAUGGUCCGGCAAGACCUGCCGUGCUUGGAGCAGACUACUCGUUGCACCUAACAAAUCCGCCAGGAUACAAAACCCUUUUCAAGGCUUCAAGCAGGACGACAAUGUCGCUUGACAACCUUGGAUUUAUCCCAUUAAUGCGACAUUUAAAAAAAGUUGAAGUUUCAAAUCUUGCGGAUGUGCUUUAAGU